AUGUUAAUGAAUGCGAAAGACACCCAUGUAAAAAUGGGGGGAUCUGCACAGAUCUGGUAGCAAACUAUUCCUGUGAAUGCCCUGGAGAAUAUAUGGGAAGAAACUGUCAGUACAAAUGUUCCGGUCCACUGGGCAUGGAAGGUGGAAUCAUCUCCAACCAGCAGAUUACAGCCUCCUCCACUCACCGAGCUCUCUUCGGGCUCCAGAAAUGGUAUCCUUAUUUUGCUCGGCUGAAUAAGAAGGGUCUAGUAAACGCCUGGACAGGAGCCGAGAAUGACAGAUGGCCCUGGAUUCAGAUUAACCUCCAGAGAAGGAUGCGGGUCACAGGAGUGAUAACCCAGGGAGCCAAGCGCAUCGGGAGCCCUGAAUAUGUUAAGUCAUACAAAGUGGCCUACAGCAAUGACGGAAAGGCGUGGAGGACGUAUAAAGUCAAGGGCACGGACGAAGAUAUAAUCUUCCGUGGGAAUAUUGAUAACAACACUCCAUUUGCCAACUCCUUUACCCCUCCAAUCGAAGCUCAGUAUGUGAGGAUCUACCCACAGGUGUGCAGGAGACACUGCACUCUUCGAAUGGAGCUCCUGGGUUGUGAGCUGACAGGGUGUUCUGAGCCAAUGGGGAUGAAGUCUGGCCACAUUCAGGACUACCAAAUUACAGCUUCCAGCAUCUUCAGAACUCUUAACAUGGAUAUGUUCACCUGGGAGCCUGGCAAAGCAAGACUGGAUAAGCAAGGGAAGGUCAAUGCAUGGACAUCUGGACACAGCGAUCAGUCUCAGUGGCUGCAGGUUGACAUGCUUCGGCCAACUAAAAUCACAGGUGUCAUUACCCAGGGGGCUAAAGACUUUGGACAUGUUCAGUUUGUUGGAUCCUAUAAGGUGGCUUACAGCAAUGACGGCGAGAGAUGGUUAAUAUAUCAGGAUGAGAAACAGAAGAAGGACAAGGUCUUUCAGGGAAAUUUUGAUAACGACACCCACAGAAAGAAUGUAAUAGAUCCACCCAUCUAUGCCAGAUUCAUCCGAAUCCUUCCGUGGUCAUGGUACGGAAGAAUCACUUUGCGUGCAGAGUUACUGGGAUGCACAGAGGAAGAAUGAAGACCCUUUACAUUUUUCCCUUCGGUACACUUUGGUCCAUAUUCAAUAUAAACUUUUCUUAAACAUUAAAUUUGAAAUGGGUUUGAUUAUAAUUGUUUUAAUUUUUGUAAUAUGUCUUUUCUUUUUGUUUUCCUAAUUAAGUGGGUUUUGGAUCGAUUAUGUUUUUCAUCUUUAUCCUGUCCUGCUUUUUGUCCUUUUUGUGCCAAUAUUUUUUAAGGUGGGGUUUAUUUCACUGUGGUUUAAGCAGUGGAACAAUAGACAGUGGCUAUUGGCAAUAGCCACUGUACAGUGUCACUUUAUACAAGAACAAAAUAUGAAUGCAAUGCUUCUUGGGCCAUCAAACAAUCAAAACACAUGGGGAAAAACGAACAUUAAUAUGUAAAAUAUGUUUCUACUUUCAUUUUAACAGCAGGUCUGAAUGAAGUUUAAUCAAAGCCAACACUGGCAUUCUUAUGUAGACAAAAAUAUGAUGGUAUUAUUGUAAUAUAUGUAAAACGCAAAAUAACUGCAUGACGCAUACAUAACACUAGAAGUAUAAGAAAGCAAGAUGUAUAAGUUCAGUUUUUCCAAAUGAAGCAUUUUUUCAAUCAUUUUAAUUUUUAUUUAUCUUUUUCAUCCGUGUCCCUGUUCUUUUCUAAAGAAUGCAUGUCCCAUAAUGUAAUGACGUCCGAUGAGCAAGAAAUAGGAAAAAAAACAUGACACUACAAUACUGGAACCACCAAUAAAAUAUAAACCUUAAAGCAACAAUUAACACAAAAAUGAAAAUUCUGUCAGCAUUUACUCGUCCUCCAUGUUAUUCGAAAAACAUAAAAGGAUAAAUUCUUUGUUUAUUUUGUCAAUUCUCCUGCCUAACAACAGCUUUUGUGUUGUAUGAAUGAAAACAGUCUGUAUGGUAAAAAAAGAUCAGGAUGAGUAAAUUUGGGAAGGGGUUAACUGUCCAUUUAGUAACUAGAAGUAAAGACAGUAAAUAGGCAGAUGUCUAAGGUGUUUUUAUCAACACAUUGUUUGUGUGAAAUGUUCAGAUAUCCUUUUUUUCGGACGUUUAUCUAUUACUUACAUAUACUACUGUAUUUAAUUUUCUUGAUUGUAAAAACCUCAGGUUAGAUGUCAUGCUUUUAAGUAGCCUACUUAUACAUACCAAUAAAUCUAACUGUUAAAUGUU